GUUGCCUUGGAUAGUAAAUUAAGGCUGCUGAAACAGAAGGAAGAAUGAAUUCUGCCUUGUUGAGUUUGUAUUUUCAUGUAAUUAUCUUCUUGAUCCAUCCAAUAAGUUGCAGCAAAGAUGAAGUUCAUAACAAGGUUGCUGGUUUAUUCAUCUUCGGAGACUCCAUUUUAGAUGCCGGCAACAAUAAUUAUAUCAACACUACAACUCUUGACCAAGCAAACUUCUUCCCCUACGGAAGAACAUUCUUCAGGUUCCCCACCGGAAGAUUCUCCGAUGGCCGUUUGAUAUCUGAUUUUAUUGCUGAAUAUGCAAAGCUGCCAUUGAUCCCACCUUUUCUACGACCGGGCAAUCACCAAUAUGAAUAUGGAGUGAACUUUGCAUCUGGGGGGGCAGGUGCUCUUGUUGAAACCUUUAAUGGACAAGUGAUUAAUCUUAAAGAACAGUUGACAUUCUACAAAAAGGUGGAGAGAUUA